AUGAUGCCUGCUGGAGUGCUCACCCCACAGCUUUCGUGUGCCGCGCUCGUGGACGAGGUGGUGGCCGACUUGACUGGGCAAUUCCCCAAGGCCAAGGUGGUCGGCUGCGCUGCUGACGUCACCAGCGAGGAUUCCCUGUGCGCGCUGGCCGCCUACGGGAAGCAGCACCUGGGCGGGAUCGACAUUUGGAUCAACAACGCUGGCGUCACCCAGACGGACAAGACGCCGGUCCACAAGACACCCGAGAGCGUGCUGCGCGCUGUGGUGGACACCAACUUGGUGGGCACGCUGCUCGGGUGCAAGGUGGCGAUCAACGCCAUGCUCGAGGAGCCGCAGCGGAAGGGCCACGUGUUCAACAUGGACGGCGCAGGAGCCAACGGCAUGUCGACGCCCAACUUUGCGGUGUACGGGGCGACCAAGGCGGCGCUUCCGCAGCUCAUGAAGUCGCUGGUCAAGGAGACGGCGGGCACCAACGUGGGCAUCCACACGCUCUCGCCGGGCAUGGUCCUCACCGACCUCCUCAUGUCCGGCAACAGGGAGCCGCGCGUGUUGAAGGUGUUCAACAUCCUGGCCGAGCGACCUCGCACCGUCGCCCAGUGGCUCGUGCCCCGCAUCCGGGCGGCGAGCGGCAGCGGGCGGUACAUCAAGUUCCUGACUGCUGUGGGGGCGGCCUGGCGCUUCGCCACCUUCUUCCGCCGGAAGAACCGCUUCUUCGACGCCCAGGGCGUCCUCAAGCACGAGCCUCCCUUGCGCCAGUGA